UCAGAAAUACAAAAAUUGGCUUACAUAAAACACAUCUUUCUUUUGUAUUUGUUGUUUUUACUUUGUUGUUUUUUUGAUUGCGACUUGUUGGCCCCACACACUCUAACGAUAUCACAAUGCCCAGCAUAUUGAGUGCAUCUGAUAGUCUUCAGGCUCCGAACGCCGGAGUGAAGCCGAACCUGCAACCUUGGGAGGUUAUUGCGUGGUCUCCGGAACGUUUGGGCUCCUUGUAUUCGGACUGGGCUCUCUACUUCUUUCGGCAACAGCGAUACGCAAAUGGUCUUCGCUAUUUUAAUAACGCCGAGGAUCUGAGCCCUCUGAGGGCGAGAUCCCUGAUGCUUCGGAGUCAGCUGAAAAGGUCCCUGGGCUUGGCUCCGGAGGCUCUGAAGGAUUGCUACCAGGCAGAAGAUCUGCAGAUGAGGCUUAGGCCACCAGUCACCUCUACCAACGUCAGUCUGGAGCUCUGCGACGCUCUGUAUGAGUCAAAUCGUCUGGAGGAUGCCAAGAUAAACUUGCAUUGCCAUCUAAGGCGUUUUAAGUCCGCUAAUAAAGAGCCCGUCGUCGAUCAGAUUUCUGUGCUAAAUGAGAACUUCAGUGACACAUUGUCGGAUAAUACCACGAUGUCGGUUCAACGCCUGAUCAAUCGGAUGCAGGCGAGCUUGGCCAAGGAGCCCAAGGAGCUGAAAGACGAAUGCGAUGUUGUUAGCAUAAUGGAAAAAGAGGAAGUGCCACUGUCCCCGCUGGAAUUAGCUAGACGAAAAAGGCACUUUAAGAUAUAUAACCAGUCGUACCUUAACAAGUGCUGGGUGGAUGUGGCGUUCCUCAAGAGACUUCGUAAUGAUCCCAAUGUGCAACCCAAGCAUUGUCAAAAGUCAUCCGAGUAUUUGGGCAAAUUGAUGGCAGGCAAUUAUAAAGCGGAGCGAACUCUGACGAAAAUGCUGCACACUCGAUGCCCCAUGUACGCCCUGCACCGUCAAAAGUAUCCCAACGAGGGACUUUACAACAAGCAGAAGGAGGAAAACCUAUAUCGCAUUCAGUACCAGACAAGACGAAAUAUGUUCAAGAUCUUGCGCAGCAUUCGCCUGCUAAUACGAGUUGGAGAACUUAAUAAACUGACAACAUUUAUUGAGGAGGUCAUGGGAGAUUAUGUCACCAUCAAGACACAUCGCGUAAUGCCGUGGAAAUUUGAAUUCACUAAUGAGGUCUACAACUAUUUGGGUCUAGCCCGCAUUAAUGAAUACAAAAUCCCCAGCAACAUGACCGUCUUGCAGGGCAGACAGCGCCUUUUAACACUUUUCAAGCUGCCGCUCAAAAAUGGUCAGGAACUAAAAAAAUCAAAGGCGAAGCAACCGACCAACCUGAUAGCCAGAUCGGUAGCUACCGAUCCCAAGGCGGAGAGAUUCAAGAAACAAGUAGCACAUCUGGAGAAAAGGAUGAGGUUUUCCGAGUAUCACAUAGAACGCUCCUAUCUUCUGCAUGAACUGGCCCAAGAGCACCUGAAUUAUCAUUCAUUUGAUGUGGCCUGUUCCAUCGCCCGAAAGGCCUUGGAGGAGGCCGUCAAAUGCAAUAGUUUUGUUUGGAGCUUCUUGAGUCUAAUAGUAAUAUGCAAGGCCCAUGCGAUUCUGGGCAAGAUUGAGCAGGAAAGGGAAAUCCUUGCUGAGGCCUUCGAUCUGGCCAAAAAGAUGAAAAACCUCGAUCUAUGCCUGUUCAUAGAUAUCUGCAUGAAAGUCAAUGCGGAGGAGAUGGAAAUGAAGAAAAUGAUGACCUUGGAUUUGAGCUCAAAGAAGUCAAAGCUUGGGUCCAAAGCGAUCCAAAGCUACGAACAAGUAUCUGAGGAUAGAAGCCAAAUUACGUAAGAAAUAGUAAAUGUAAUGUUAUGAGUUCCUCAAAAUA